AUGGGAAGAAUCGCUUGGAAGAUGGAGGGAGAAGUACGGGCGAGGAGAGAACGGGAAUUUCUUUAUUUCUUUAUCUCUCUUUGUCUUCCUUUCCGUAAUUUGUUUUCCGUUUAUUUUUCCUCGAUUUUCAUUCUUUUUUCUUUCUGUCAUUUUUCUUUUAUUUUUCAAGUGACAUCUCUCUUUUUCUUUCAUUUUAAAUGUGUCUUUUUCUUUAUUUCAUUCAUUCGUUUUUCUUUCAUUCACUUUCUUCUUCUUCGACUUCUUUCUCCUCGUCCUCUUCUUCUUAAAAAGUCUCUCUUAAAUCUUCCUUUUGUGUCUUUACCGCGAUUUCUUCUUUUUUGUCUUCUUCUAAAUGCUUAUUUUUAUUCCUCUUCUUCAAAAAUAAAUGAAAAAAUAUUUCUUACAUUUUCUUCUCAUUAUUAUUUAUUCUUCUUCUUCUUCUUCUUAUUAUUAUUUUUAUUAUUAUUAUUAUUAUUAUUAUUAUUAUUAUUAUUAUUAUUAUUAUUAUUCUUUUUCUUUUUUUCUUCGUUUUCUUUUUCAAAAACCUCUCCUACUCCUUUCAUUUGUGCCUUUACUAUUAUUUCUCCUUUUUUCUUCUUCUAUUGCCCAUUGACAUUUUUUUCCUUCAUUCUCCUCUCUGUACCUAACUUGUUUCCAUAUAUCCCAUUCUUUGUCUCUGUCUCCCUUCAUUUUUUUUUCUCGCGUUCUCUAACACCUGACUUUUUCUCUCUUUUUCGUCUCGUCUCUCGCUUCCUCUCUCUCCCUCUCUCUCUAAGACAUUUCUACUUUCUUUUCUCCCGUUUCCUUGUUUCUUCUUCCUUUUUGUCUCUUCUUUUUUCUUUCUUUCUUUCUUUCUUUCUUUUCCAAAACUUCAUUUUUUUCUCGCGUUCUCUAACACCUGACUUUUUCUCUCUUUUUCGUCUCGUCUCUCGCUUCCUCUCUCUCCCUCUCUCUCUAAGACAUUUCUACUUUCUUUUCUCCCGUUUUCUUGUUUCUUCUUCCUUUUUGUCUCUUCUUUUUUCUUUCUUUCUUUCUUUCUUUCUUUCUUUUCCAAAACUAUUUCUCACUGACUUUUCCCCGUCAACCUCUCUCUCUUUCUCUCUCUCUCUCUUUCUCUCUCUCUCUCUCCUAAGUUUUCCUAUUUCUCAUUCUUCGUCUUUUUUCUCUUGUCUCUUCUCUCUAACACCUGCUCUUUUGAUCUUUUUCUCGCCUCCUCUUUUUCUCUUUCUACUUCCUCUUCUCUCGUUUCACUCUCUCUACUUCCUUCUUUUGUCACAUUUUUUUCUCUCUCUUUCUCUCUUAUCCCUUUCUUCCACACUUAUUUUAUUUCUUGCUCUCCCUCGAUCUUAG